AAAGGCGAAAACAAACCCGCAAAAUUAAAUGAACCCCAAAACUCCGUCAGGAAUGCUUUGUCAAGAGUUUCCUUAUGAACCAAAGCUGUACAUCGAACUUGUGAUGCGAACUACUGCAGCGUCGCAAGCUCGCUGCUGCCCCAUAAGGCGGGAACACGCCGCUCUGCCGCAGGUACCUGCCGUCUGCGAUCCUAGCAGCUGAAUGCACAGCUCGAUACCCCAGAGAGGGAGGAAGACAUUGCAACGACCCAGCCCACAGCGCCGCGGCAAAGCUGGAUCUGCCCGCGGGGCAAACUCCUCCGGCGGCAGGAGCUGUGAGGGCGCUGCUUAUCCCGGCCGGGGAUCAGGCAAGCCCUGUCGGCCCCGUGCUUUGGAAUACUCCCACCCGUCUGAGGCACGUCUGGGGCCAUAGUAACAGCCAAGCCAGCAACACCCUCUCGGCCUUCGAGCAAACCCUGCCGCGGCAGAGGCGGAACUUCCUGCCGCUGCGCCGGAGGAGGAGGGAUUGGCGCGGUGUGCGGCGAUUUUAAAAACAAAAGAAAGAUGUCUUUUUUCCCCAAAAUCUUUUUCCAACGUGAAGUUGAAGAGUAUCUCACCAAAGUGUUUAGAAACAACGAGCUUAUCACUGCUUUAGGUACACAGGAGGCAGAGAGUCAAUACCAAUCUCUCUUAAGUCAUCUGUCUCAUCCACCAGCUUUCUCAGCUGUUAGAGUUAAUACCCACUUGGCCUCAGUGAAACAUGUGAAAAAAUUGCUGUUUGAAGAGAUCCAGAAGCAAUUUAAAGGACUAUGUGUUCCAGUUCUUGAGCACCCGAAACUCCAGGACAUCUUAUUAAUUCCUGUAAUUGGACCCAGGCGAGAUUUAAAAAAACAUGCAUCUGAAGUCAUUGUUGGAGCCCAGUGUGGAUAUGCAGUGCUUCGAGGAGCACAUGUUUAUGUCCCUGGAAUCAUAUCUACCUCAAGAUUUCUGAAAGCUGGAGAUCUGGUCUCUGUGUAUUCAGAUAUUGAAGGGAAAUGUAAAAAAGGAGCCAAAGAAUUUGAAGGAGUCAAAGUUUUCCUUGGAAAUGGGAUUUCCGAACUGAGUCGCAGUGAAAUCUUUAGUUCAAAGGGCCCAUUAAAUGGGCUGGGCAUAAGAAUGGUAGAGCCAGUCUACCUUAGUCCUUCUUUUGACAAUGUGCUCCCUAGUCAAUUGUUUUUACAGAACUUGCCUUCUGUGGUUGUGAGCCAUAUUUUAAACCCUCAGCCAGGAGAGAGAAUUUUGGAUAUGUGUGCUGCACCUGGAGGAAAAACAACUCAUCUUGCAGCAUUAAUGCAUGAUCAGGGUGAAGUAAUAGCCAUGGACAAGAUAGCUAACAAGGUCAAAAAAAUUAAGCAGAAUGCUGAAUUGCUGCAGUUGAAUUGCAUUAAGGCUUUUUGCUAUGAUGGAACAAAGGCACUUUCAGAUGAGAAGAGAGAGGAUGAACCAGAAGGACCUCCAUUCUUACCAGAGUCAUUUGACAGAAUUCUCCUUGAUGCUCCAUGUAGUGGGAUGGGGCAGAGACCAAACAUGGCUUAUACAUCAACUUUAAAGGAAGUGACCUCUUACAAACCACUGCAGCGCAAGCUUUUCACGGUGGCAGUGAAAUUGCUGAAACCAGGAGGUAUUUUAGUAUAUAGUACAUGUACAAUUACACUCUCUGAAAAUGAGGAGCAAGUUGCUUGGGCCCUGAAAACUUUUCCAUGCCUCCAGCUUCAGCCACAGAAGAGGUGAAAAAUUUUUUAUUAAUGCCACUGAAGUAGUGAAGACUUGCCUAAAGGAUGGGAGAUAAAUGGAAAGAACCUUAUGUUUUGAGGAAGGAGGAUUUAAUAUGUAUGGGAGCUAUAUUUGCAUUAUGUAAAGGAAUGAGGGAACAAAUUUAUUUCAGUCUCACUGUCCCAAGAAUGUACCUUGUCAUUUUUAGAGUCACUGUCUACCAUUAAUAAGUAAGUCUAGGAGGAGGUAAUAUAUAGGGAGAUAGUAGAAUCUUUUAUCUAUACUAAAUACAUUAAAAAAUAUGUUACCUUUAUUACUACCUUGAAAGAAUUUAUCAUCAGGCCAUAUGCGUCAAUCUUCCUCUUUGUUGAUGUGUGAGUUGGGUGCAUUAGUUGUUUAUCACCAUAGUUUGAGGAAGAGUCUAACCUGUUUAGCUAACUUAUAUAUUGUGAUGACUUGCAUCUGUCUUAAGAAGUUUAGAUGCAUCUUUUAACUGAAAUUUAAAAAAUAUAUACAACAGAUGUACAAUGAAAAAUUGUAUGAAGGCUGGUAAAGAUUUAACAGAACUGAAGCUUUUCUUAAAAAAUUGUGUCAGGGUUUUUCCGCCUGUUUUCUCACCAUCCAGUUAUUAGGAAUGUUUUAGUUCCAGCUGUUUCAACUGAGAUUAUACAUUUACCUAACAGCAUAAAAAUUGUCCUUGAUUGAUCAAUAAAGCAAAACAGAAGGCAUGUUAACUCAAAUGCAAGAUUAAUUCCUGCUUAAUAAGCUUCCUCUCACCAGUAAUAUCAGUCUUGAAUAAAGCUCUAAUUUUCGCACACAAAUGCCUUAUCUGUAAAAAUUAAGCUUUGUUUAUAGUAUAUUUUAAAUGAGAUGAUACUGAAUUGUUUACCCACAGAAAGUCUGCAGUAUUUUACAACCAGUUCCCUGGUAGUCAGGUGAUCUUUUCCAAUGAACAGGAACUGCACUCUAGGGUUGACUUACCUUAUGUUCAUUUAUGUAUUUCUCAUAUUAUUCUAGUCUCUCAGUGAAAGCUUCCUUAUAUAAUCAAUUAAGUGUCUCCCAUUUUCUCAAAUUAGCAACAGGUCCUGGAAUCAUGUUAGGUAAGGAAUGAACAGGAGACAGAGCCUUGGGUGUUGAUCUCGUAGGUGGAGGUUACUGCAUGGCAGUUGAUCCUUUGUCUGUGCAGACUUACUUACUUCCUCUUAGGGGCUUACAUGAGAGAUAGAUAUUGUAUAUCAGCUUAAAUGCAGUAAAUUAACUGGAAGGAAAAAUGAAAAAGUAGAGGAGAAAACUGGUCUGUCUUUGAGCAAGUUGCUUGACGCAAUGUAGUAGUGUUUUCCCUAGGCUUCUAACUUUCCAUCCACUAUGAGUUGCUAUCCUUGUCUCCCUUUGUAUAUUGUUUUUUCUCAAUUUGCAAGGGACACCUCUUUUUGUCUCUUACCUGGAAAGCACUGAAGUCCUGCUGGGAGAAAGGAAGGAAAGAAUCAGGCUGCAAAUGCUCGGCUGCCCAGCUUUACAGCAUACAGUAUGUGGUUAAGCAACUAAAUCGCAUCAUGUGCUGACUGGGUGAGCUUGUGUUAGCAAAGUGGGAUGGCUCAAAAAAAGUGCUUUGUGGUAGGCUGUGUGAUAGACUACACUAGAUUUACAAAGGAAACUCAUUUUUGAUAUUGCAAUGCCAGCUUUUGUACAUUUUGUUGUAUCUUCUUACUGAAUGCAUGGAAAGAACAGUC